AUGUGCGCAUGCUCGGUGCGCGCCGCGGCCGGAGGGGCGGCUUCCAGACAUCCGCGCAUGCUCAGCCUCGGCCGGGCGGGCCGGCCUCCGGAGGUCUGCGCAUGCUCGGUGCGGGCUGGGGCCGAAGGGGCGAUGUCCAAGCAUCCACGGGGAGAACCCAGGCUUCGCUCAGAUUCUGUCCAUUUGCCUAUCAACCCGGUGUCCGUUGGUGGUACCAGCCAGAAUCCGAGGUCGCUCAGACAUGAGCAACUGACGUGUUCACUGGACACACAGACAUUGGACACCCUCCCAUCCAGCACCCUGGAGGAAUCAGCGAGCCUCGCUGGGCGCCAGCCCUGUCUGGAGCAACCGCAGAGAAGUGAGAUGUUGGGGAAUGGAAUUCUCUGGUGGCCCCAGAUACCCCGGGAACAGGACCUUCAGGCUCCUGCCCACACACUGCCUUCCUCUGGCCCAUGGCCCCUGACCCCUCCCCUCUCCUGGAUGCAGUACAUGCUGUCGAUGGUCGUCGCCUACUUUAUCCGUGCUGCCCGCCCGACGUGGCAGUAUAAGCAGUUCCAUUUCUUCCUGGCCCUCUACCUGGCGAAUGACAUAGAGCAGGAUAUGUUCGUCAUGAAGAAGGCUAUGUUACCAUUCGCUUUCGGGCACAAGGUGAGAGCGAAGGAGGGCAGCAUCUUCUAUCGUCUGCUGCUGAAGUUCUUCGAGGCCAUAGGCGGCGAGGCACGGGUGUCACCCGAAGAGUGUGAGGAGGUCAUGGCCCGGGACCCCUUCUACUGGGCCUGGUGUCGGGACCGCAUCGUGUGCAGUAUGCCAGUCAGCUGGUGGAACGAGGACAACAGAGUCGGUUAUGCAGUGAAUGAUUGAUACUGAGCGACUUUCCAGAGUCUGCUGCCAAGGACUGAAAAAUAUGAG